CUAAACACACCAGUUCCCGUCCAUCGUUUGUGUCGUGUAGACAUGGGUUGUUUAAGUUGAUGCGCGUUCGAGUUGUGGUUCCAUUAUUUUACUACACUCCUCAUUUUUUUCUCGUGAACGUCGUUCGUUUUUCAGAGAAACCUCAAGUUAUUCAAAACAUAGUAUUCAAUUUAGCACAGCUCAAAUAUUGAAGAAUACGCUUGUGAUAAGGUAAAACGGUGUUUAGCUUGUAAUCUAGAAAAGGAACCAGAAAUCGUGCAGAAGAAGUUGACACAUUCAACAGCAUCAAACUUCUCUGGGUUACUUGUGCUUCCGUGUACGUGAACUCGCCUACUUGUGUAAAGAAGAAUCGAAAUUCCUUUGAUGAGUGAGACGUACUUUGAUUGAUCCGAAACGGAGGGGUGUGAUUUUAAGCAAUCCUUGAAACACCUCUCUGGAACACCGAUGCGACUGCGAUAAUGUUCUUCCGCGGGGCUCUCAGCAUUCGUCGCAACCUAUACUCGAAGCUGAUCCUGCUGCUAAUUGUGGCACUGUUUGUGUUGUUCUACUUCAAGAAUCUAAAUGGAACUACCAAUCCAAACAGCAUUCCGCUGGCCAAUGGUUUGGUGGGUACUCUAAACCGAGGAAAUAUUCUAGUAGCUGUUGGCACCGGUGGUCAGGACCAGUUUUUUGAGCAACUGGUAUUGGCUGACCUUGCGAAACAGGUGCGUGGCCUUGGUGAUAAUGGAAAAGGCGAAGAGCUAAGUGGUGAGGCGAAAGAAAUCGGAGAAAAGCAGUUGGCUACGAUUGCACUAAACGAAGAGCUGAGCGAACAUCUGAGUUACAAUCGCACACCUCCGGAUGAACGGCACCCGGCCUGCAAGCGGAAAACGUAUGACAUUGAUAGUUUGCCAUCAACGAGUGUUAUCAUAAUAUUCUAUAAUGAGCCAUAUUCGGUUCUGGUACGAACGGUUCACAGUGUUCUAAAUACCGCUGAUCCACGACUGCUGCAGGAAAUUAUUCUAGUGGAUGACGGAAGUACUAACGAAGAGUUAAAGGAAAAGCUGGAUUACUACGUGCGAACGAGAUUGACAUCGAAGGUGAAAAUUUUACGACAGAGAAGCAGGGUGGGACUGAUUCGAGCACGGCUGGCCGGAGCCCGUUUCGCCAAAGCAGAUGUGCUGGUUUUCCUGGACGCCCAUUGUGAGUGCAUGACACAGUGGCUGGAACCACUGCUGGAACGAAUCAAGGAAUCCAGAACCAGUGUGCUGGUGCCGAUCAUCGACGUGAUUGAAGCGAAAAACUUUUACUACAGUACCAAUGGUGUGACGGACUUUCAGAUCGGCGGUUUCACCUGGGAUGGACACUUCGACUGGCAUGAUGUGACCCAUCGGGAAAAGGAACGACAGAAACGAGAAUGCUCGGAAAAGGAUCUGGCGAUAUGUCCCACUUUCAGUCCCACGAUGGCGGGUGGAUUGUUCGCGAUAUCGCGUGAUUACUUCUGGGAAAUCGGCAGCUAUGAUGAGCAGAUGGACGGUUGGGGCGGUGAAAAUCUAGAAAUGUCGUUUCGGGUGUGGCAGUGUGGUGGCACACUGGAAACAAUUCCAUGCUCACGAAUAGGGCACAUAUUUCGAGACUUCCAUCCGUACUCAUUCCCCAACGAUCGUGACACCCACGGGAUCAAUACGGUACGAAUGGCUGUAGUAUGGAUGGAUGACUACAUCGAUUUACUCUAUCUAAAUCGUCCCGACUUGAGGGAUCACCCCGAAGUUGGUGACGUAACCCACCGGCGGGUGCUGCGUGAAAAGCUGCGCUGUAGAAGUUUUGAUUGGUAUAUGAAGAACGUAUAUCCGGAGAAAUUCAUCCCAACAAGAAACGUGCGAGCGUACGGACGAGUUUCGUCACUAGCGGAGAAUCUCUGUCUGGACACACUGCAACAGAACGCCGAUAAGCCGUGGAAUUUGGGUAUCUACACGUGCUUUCGAACGGAGGUGUCCGCUUCACAGUUAAUUUCGCUUACCAAGCGGGGUGUUUUGCGAACGGAACGCAGUUGCGCCACAGUGCAGGAUAACAAAUCCGACAGCAGGUACGUGGUUAUGAUUCCCUGUGUGGACGACGAAGACAUUGACGAUACGUGGCAAAUCACCGAACAUCAGCAGCUUAGGCACAUCCCAUCGGGUUUGUGUUUAGAUAGCAGCGAUCUGUCCACCAAAAGUUACGUUCAUGUGACACCCUGCCUGCCGAGAGUGCGAACGCAGAAGUGGGAGUUCCAGCAUUAGUUUGCUCAGCAUAUUAUAGUCAACAGCAUAGUCCACUACUAGGGGAGAGAUGAGAUUGGGUCUGUAUAUUUUUUUGCUGUUUAACGAUCGGGACAAACAAUUAAUUACCUCGCUUGCGGAGCGUCUGUAAGCACUUGUGUACUAGAAGCAAACUAUAGACGAAAAGAAGAUGGUGAUGAUGAUACGCCAAGUCGGAGUGAAAUUAUGUCUAUGACGCAAUAUUGUUGUAUAAUGAAAAAAGCUAUAGGUUAGUUAGGCACUAGUUAGAGACAAUGACGGAUUCAAGGUGUACUAUUUCGCAUUUGUGAAUCUAAAAAAAAAAAACACAAAUUGCAUGAAGGUUUUUUUCCCCCUGUUUAGCUGCAUGCUGGCGGAGUGGAAAGGAAGCCCUUCUUCAUUCCCUCCUCUCUUUUAUUGAAGUGACAUAUUAUGAAAAUAAAGAAAGCAUAUAUAUUAAAACUAGAUGAAAAUGCCGAAGCGCGAAAACCGAAAUUGAGAGUGAACGAGAUAAUAAGAACUAAUGUGAUAAUAGUAGCGUGACAUAACACUCGGGUGAACACGAGCUGGCGUGGACAUUUGGUGACUGCACGGGUAAGGCAGAAGGAUUGUUGCGUGACGAAAUGUACAUUAGCUGCAAAACAUUAGAGGAUAAAGUGUUAUGCGGAACUCAAAAAAAAAAAAACAUUAGAACUAAUCAUGAGAAUACACCAAUGCUGGUAUUUAAAAGCACAGAUUCGCAAUUACAAUUAAUCGUGCAGUGCAAAACGUUCUGCCCUAAUAUAGAUUUAUAUUUAUACAGCUGUGCCCCAGCUGUCGUUUCAAUAGUAGCAAUAGUGGAACAUGACGCAAACCUUCAGCAGUUUAAUUUCGAUAAGAAAUCAGCUGGAAUUUACACUUUGCUGUUUGAGUGAUGAGUUUGACGAACAACGGCAACAAUCCCCUCUAGUAUCCCGAGUACGUCACGAUGUACUUACAAGGAGUGAAUGGAAAUGGAACCAAGUAAUGUUUAAGCAACACACACACUACGAUGCCAACACUAAGUAACUGAUUGAAACCACCACAAUCGUCUGAGACUUGAAAAGAAAACUAAUUUGUCCUCUUUUUGUACAUUAUCUCUUGUUUAUAAUCUAAUAGUAGUUUAUCGUUAUCGAAAGUGCCACGAAGCUGUAAACAACACAACCCGUAUUUUUUAGACACUAAGUUAAUCUCCACUUUCAUCUAAAAGUUUACACCAGGACAAUAUUUUACUACGCAACGGAAACAUCACUUAUUCGAGAGUACAACUAAGUAAAAACAUACACAAUCAAAACCUUCUUCUUUACUUCUCGUCUAGCUUCCAUUAUUUUAGUCAACGAAAUAGUUUAUGUCGGCUCACGAUUUGUAAAUGAGCCGCUAGUGAAUAUUUUAUAACUUAACGGUCAGUACAUAAUUGAUUUUUGUAGCUCUAUCCUUCCUCACAAUUGUUAACGCUGUAAGCGAAUAUCGUUUAGAUGAAACUAAUUUUAUUAAUCGAAAGGACUCGAAUUCUUUAUACACCGUAUAUAUUUCCGUUCUUCGAUCAGUUUAGCGAACGGGUGUACAAUCGAUCGAUGUGCGGAGAAUAACUGUAUGAUUUAUAUGUUUUUGACUUAUAAAUAGAUCGGGCAGCUCUGCGUUAUUAUUACGAUCGAUUGUUGAUCGUACCAGCAUCUAUUGUGUUGAAAUCUGGUUACGAGUAAUUGUAAGAUAAGAAAACAAAAAUCGAAAAAUGGAAAAAAACAGAUAUUUUGUUGAUGAACAUAUUGGUUUAUAUCUGGUA